GAAGAAGUUUAUCCAGUCAAAAGAAAAAGAUUCUGCAAAAUUCACCGCCACUGAUCGUUCGCUGCCGGUAGGCAUCCCGCACCACCCGACCACGGACCACCGUCGCCAUGGCCGCCGCCUUCUCCUGCUCCCUCUCGACUACCACGGCCGCACGGCCUCUCCCCGGAAGCACAAGUUCCAAAUCUCCAGCUUAUUUCUCUUGCUCGUACCAGAAGAGGAGAAGGGUUCCAAUGCCGCGGGUCCGCUGUGCUGCUGACGACGAAGAGGAAGUCAAUGAUUUGGGAGUUACCGUGGCACUGUCGAUGCUAAAAUUCUACAAAAGAGAGAUAUCACCCUUACUGCCUUCAAGUUGCCGUUAUGUGCCAACGUGCAGCGAGUACUCUAUGCAAGCAUACAAAAGAUAUGGUGUUGGGAAGGGUACCAUUUUGACAGCAUGGCGUCUGUGCCGUUGUAAUCCUCUUGGUGGACAGGGAUAUGAUCCUCCAAGGUGGUUUGGUGAGGAAGUGUUACCUGAGGAAUGAUGGCUGAUGUCGGAAUGUCUCGUAAAUGUCAUCUUCACCAUGCAACUUCACAAGGGAGGUUACUCAGUAGCACUACCGCUUGUGAUAGUUUCAAGGGAAUGUGUAUUUGACUUUUUGCUGACUACAAUGUCAAAUCAUGCCAUGACAAGAAGAUCGCUGUCUGGAAUAUUUAGGUGGAAGAUGGUUGUGAUAAACGGUAAGUGAUCUAUACCAUGAGCAAACCACUUCUUUAGGAGAAAGUCUGCUGGUUUAAAGUUGGGAAUUAUGUGCGCAAAAAUCAUGUUGGUUUAGUUCAGAGAUCUGCAUUUUAGUUUUAAAUUUAUAAUUUCUAUGAACAAAGUUCUAAAUGUCAGCCACAAAAAUGUAAAUGAAAUACCACCAGACUUUAUUCUUGAUA